AUGGCUGAACAACGAGAUUCUCUUUCGACUCUAAGUAUAACACAAUGUGUCACUCUAACACUCUCAUAUUCAAACUAUCUUCUUUGGAAAACUCAGUUUGAAUCUUUUUUUUCUAGUCAGUCUCUUCUCGAAUUCAUCAAUGGCUCCUCUCCUCGACCAGCACCAACAGCCACAGUGCAGAAUGGUGACGUAGUUACAGAGGAAGCAAAUCCGGAGUUUGUCAAAUGGAUCAGGAAAGAUCAGUUGCUUAUGGCGUGGUUGUUUGGUUCUCUAACUAAAGAGGCUCUUCGGUCUGUGUAUGGUCUUCAGUCUGCUCAAGAAGUGUGGUUCAGUCUCGGUAAGAAGUACAACAUGGUGUAUGCUACACGCAAGCUUGACCUUCAGAGAAAGCUUCAGGGUCUGAAGAAGACUCAGAAGACGAUGGCUGAGUAUCUCAGUGAGGUAAAAAGUGUUUGUGAUCAAUUAGAUUCAAUCAGAUGUCCUGUAUCAGACCAAGAAAUGAUUUAUGGCGCUCCCAGCCGUCUUGACAAGGAGUAUGAGUCUAUCUGUACGGUCAUGGAGCACUUUAUGGACUCUGUUCCGGAAAUGAGCUUUGAAGAUGCGGUGUUUAAACUGGUUAACUUUGAUGAUAAACUCAAGGUUUACAGUCAAGCUCCAGAGGUUACACCUCACUUGGCGUUUCACACUGAUAGAGGUUAUUCCAACAGAGGUCGUGGCUACUACAACAACAGAGGAAGUCAUAGUUGUGGCUCUGGUGAUUCUGGAUCUUACUCAACGCGUGGAAGGAGCUUUCAUCAGCUGUUCUCCGGCCCCAACUCCACCAAUAGGCCUCAAUGUCAAAUAUGUGGUCGUUUUGGUCAUACUGCGGUGCACUGUUACAAUAGGUUUGAUCAGAACUACCAGUCCGCUGAAACUCUUCACAACGCCCUUACCACGGUUAAGCUCUCAGAUCAACACCAACACAAUGGACAGGAGUGGUAUCCUGAUUCAGCGGCCUCAUCUCACAUCACUAAUGAUGGGUCACGGUUGCAGUCUUCAGAGCCUUAUCUUGAUGUGUUGGUUUGUCCUAAUAUUAGAAAGUCUUUACCGUCAGUCGCGAAGCUUACUUCAGACUAUCCUUGUGAAUUGACUUUUGACAAUGAAUCUGUGUUGGUUAAGGACAAAAUGACAAAGCAGCUUGUAGAGACUCAGUUCCAGUGCAGAAUAAAAAAGUUUCAGUGUGAUGGUGGUGGGGAGUUCAUCGGUAAAAGUUUUCUUACACACUUGGCUCAGUCUGGCAUCAAACAAUUGAUCUCUUGUCCUCACACACCACAACAAAACGGGUUGUCAGAGAGGAAACACAGACACCUUACUGAUUUGGGGUUGACAAUGAUGUACAAUGGGAAAGUUCCUCACCAUCUUUGGGUCGAAGCUUUCUUCUCAUCUGUCUUUCUGAUCAAUCUCUUACCAUCUUCAGUGUUGUCUGAUCACAAAAGUCCUUAUGAGAUGCUCAAUAAAAGACAACCUGUGUAUACGGCGUUGAGAGUAUUUGGUUACAAGUGUUUUCCUUCUCUACGUCCUUAUAUGCAACAUAAGUUGGAUCCCAAGUCCUUAGUCUUUGUAUUUCUUAGAUAUAAUGAGAAGUACAAAGGCUAUUGGUGUUAUUAUCCACCUACUGGGAGAGUAUUCAUCACCAGACAUGUAUUGUUUGAUGAAAACUCUUUUCCAUUCGGUGAUAUAUACAGUAGCUAUCAUGCUAAAUCUUCCUCUGCCCUGCUCAAUGCUUGGCAAGAUGCCUCUCUGAUCCGUCAACACUCUACUCAGAUAAGUCCAAACACUGAAGAAGAGCUUGUACAUUGUCCACAGACUGUUGAAGGUACAGCUACUGCACCUCAGGUCGUUCUACCAGUACCAUCUCCUCCUCACCCUGGAUCGCCAGCUUCUGUUUCAGCGACUGAAUCAGAUGAAACAAUGACCAAUAAUCAACAGGCGGAAGUACAUGAAGAAGAAGUUCAACAACCUCAACCUGUUCAUCCAAUGACUACAAGAGCCAAGGCAGGUAUCAGUAAACCAAAUCCAAAGUAUGCUCUAUUUACUGUAAAAGAUUAG